UAGAAGGGACACAUAAAAAAGACAAAAAUUAAAUUAUAUGUAAAAAACUAGUAAAAUAAAGUAUAUUAGACGGCUAAGAAUUUGCUAAAAGUCUCAAAUAACCUAAGAAAAAUCGAACAUUAGAAUAUUUCGCCGGAUAUUGCCAGUCAUUUGUUGCGUUAAAAAAAAAAAACUUUCUUUUGUUUGUGUCGAAUACACCAGGACAGACUUUAUAGUGUGUAAGAUUUUGAACAACUAAAAGAGUCAAGAAAAGAAAGAAUUUGUUGCAGGAGGUAGCAAAAUAUGCAAAAGCUCCGCAGAAACAAGGAUCAUUGACAAGUUAACUGAGUAAGCAUCGAGCAGAGCAAUUGUAGCAAACCAUUUGCCAAGACCCCCUUUCUUUCGAAAUAAGCCAAGACAGGGUCGGUGGAGAAAGGCGGUUUUGCAGUUCAACAGUUCUGUCAGAAAAACAACAGCAAACAGCAUCAUCUCACCGUUGGACUACUAAUAGUAAUGCUCUUAAGCAAAAAAAUCUGCUUUGUAAUUGUGUGAGCGAUAAGGCCAACGCCAUAGACGCUGCCGCCACUGAAGACUACGACGAAAACAACAUCAGAAAUUGUAUGUGAAAGAAAAACACAAUUGUACAACAUCAAUAUCUUAGCGAAAGAAAACAAUUGCCAGCCAUCGUUGUUGCUGUUGUUGUUGCUGGUGGUAUUUGGCCGUCUUUAGCCGUAAACGUAACAUUAGCAACAUUACAUCUGUACCCAAAUAUUUUAGUGGAUCUUCCGGGUGUUUGUUCAUCUAGCAGACUUGGAAGACUUUGCGAGCUACCACUGCUUGGUUUUGCGGAGCAAGCAAGUGCUUAAUCGGGAAGAGAGCUAUAGCUCCAUCGCUUAGUUAAGCUGAUAAAGUGGAGGAAAAUUGUCGACGUCUACAGACAAUGAACAUCAGGGGUAGCGCUCCUAAAAAGGAGGGAAAGAUGCGUAUACGCGCUUUUCCGGCCUCCAUGGAUGAGAAGUAUGUGGAAACCAUAUGGGCAAGUUUAAAGAAUGCCAUACAGGAAAUUCAAAAGAAAAACAAUUCGGGCCUCUCAUUUGAGCAACUCUAUCGCAAUGCCUACAACAUGGUGCUGCACAAAUAUGGCCAUCGUUUAUAUUUCGGUUUGCGUGAGGUGGUCAAAGAGCAUCUGGAGGAGAAGGUGCGCAAAGAUGUGCUGGAAAGUUUGCACAAUAACUUUUUGCCCAAAUUGAAUCAGGCCUGGACGGAUCAUCAGACAUCAAUGGUAAUGAUAAGAGACAUACUCAUGUAUAUGGAUCGAGUGUAUGUGCAAAAUCGAGAAGUGGAAAAUGUUUAUAAUUUAGGGCUGAUACUAUUUCGAGAUGAUAUUGUUCGCUAUUCAGAGAUACAGAAGGCCUUGCGCGAAACUCUCUUAAAUAUGGUAAUGGAUGAACGCAGCGGUGAGGCCAUCAAUCACUUGGCCAUUAAAAAUGCUUGCCAAAUGCUAAUGGCUUUGGGCAUCAAUUCACGUUCAGUCUAUGAGGAUGAUUUUGAGAAACCAUUUUUGUCCCAAUCGGCAUCGUUUUAUAAAUUCGAAUCACAAAAGUUUUUGGCCGAAAAUAAUGCUAGUGUUUAUCUAAAGAAAGUUGAGUCUCGCAUUCAAGAAGAAUCUUCUCGAGCCGCUCUCUAUUUGGACAAAGACACUGAACCGCGUAUUGUGAAGGUGGUCGAAGAUGAACUUAUCAAGAAACAUAUGCGUACUAUUGUGGAAAUGGAAAAUUCCGGUGUCGUCUAUAUGAUUAAGAACUCCAAAACGGAUGAUUUGGCUUGUACAUAUAAAUUAUUUUCCCGUUUGAAGGAUGAAGGUCUAAAAGUUAUUGCCGACACCAUGUCAGCCUAUCUAAGGGAGCAGGGGCGUAUGUUGGUUAAGGAAGAGGAAAAUGGCAGCACAAAUCCCAUAUCGUUUGUCCAAAAUCUGCUAGACCUCAAGGAUCGUUUUGAUCAGUUUUUGCAUCAUUCAUUCAAUAAUGAUCGGCUUUUUAAGAAUGUCAUAUCUUCGGAUUUUGAGCAUUUCCUUAAUUUAAAUUCCAAAUCGCCGGAAUAUUUGUCACUGUUCAUAGAUGAUAAGCUGAAGAAGGGAGGCAAGGGAAUGAGUGAACAGGAAAUUGAAGUAAUACUCGAUAAGACCAUGGUACUGUUUAGAUUCUUGCUGGAAAAGGAUGUGUUUGAACGUUAUUACAAAACUCAUUUAGCCAAGCGUUUGCUGCUCAAUAAAUCUGUUUCAGAUGAUUUUGAAAAGAACAUGAUUUCAAAAUUGAAGACUGAGUGCGGCUGUCAAUUCACAUCUAAAUUGGAGGGAAUGUUCAAGGAUAUGUCUAUAUCGAAUACCACCAAUGAGGAGUUCAAAACCUAUAUAACAAAUCAUAACAUUAAUUUGUCCGUAGAAUUUACAUGUAGGAUAUUAACUACCGGUUUUUGGCCCACACAGACUUCAACGCCUAAUUGUAAUAUACCAGCAGCUCCUAGGGAAGCAUAUGAAAUAUUUAAGAAAUUUUAUUUGGAUAAGCAUUCAGGACGUCAAUUGACCUUACAGCCACAACUGGGAAAUGCUUGCUUAAAUGCUGUAUUUUAUGGCCGCAAACCAACCGAUAGUGCCGCCGCUGUUGCGGACAAAGAUGGCCCCAGUUCAAGUAUGUCCUCCUCGACUAGCGCGGGUGCAUGUGCUAUACCCACAACAACACGCAAACACAUUUUAACGGUAUCCACGUAUCAGAUGUGCAUAUUGAUGCUUUUCAAUAAUCGUGAGGUCAUGACCUAUGAGGAAAUCUUGCAAGAAACUGAUAUACCCGAACGUGAGCUGCAAAGGGCUAUACAAUCACUGUCCAUGGGCAAACCCUCACAACGUUUGUUGGUGCGAAAUUCUAAAACAAAAACUAAGGAUAUCGAUCCUUCGGAUGAGUUCCUGGUGAACGACGCUUUUGUUUCGAAAUUCCACAGAAUAAAAAUCCAAACUGUGGCUGCUAAAGCCGAUACAGAGCCCGAGCGCAAGGAGACCCGUGGCAAAGUUGAUGAAGAUCGUAAACAUGAAAUUGAAGCGGCGAUUGUUCGUAUUAUGAAAGCCAGAAAGCGUAUGCCGCACAAUUUACUGGUGUCGGAUGUAACAUCGCAAUUGAAAUCAAGAUUCCUACCAUCGCCGGUAUUGAUCAAGAAACGAAUAGAAGGUCUUAUCGAAAGAGAAUAUUUGGCUCGGACGCCCGAUGAUCGUAAAGUUUAUGUUUAUUUAGCUUAAACACAACAAAGGACCACAAAACUAAAAACAAACAGAAAACAAACCGAUAAAAACUCUACAAGAGAACAGCAGCGAGCCACCACAUAAAUAAGUGCUUACAAUAAAUAUGAAGCGAAUAUCACACUCACACUCACACCUUAUACCAGCAAUCGUUGUUGGCGCAUACGACUCCCUACUAGGAAACAAUUUUUGCCGAGUUUGUUUUUGUUUAAGAAUUCAGUCACAGUCUCUGCACAAGUUUCCGAUAUUGAUUUUGAAUUAUAUGCGAAAUCGUAACGAACGUUGUAUAGGCGGUUUACACCAGAGAACGAAGACGAGCCGAAAUCUAGGUGUCGCCGAAUUAUUUUGCUUCAACCUCGCCGCCACUGUUUUCAUUGGGUAGUACGGUGAUUUCAGCAAAAAAAUCGGCUGAGCCCAAAUAAUACUACUGAAAUCUUGACAUUUUCUUUACAUGUCUCUUCUAUUUCCUUUGAAUAUUUUUCGUGCAACUUCAUGCAAAUUGAACGAUAAAUCAUCAAAACUGUUAAUUUAUAAGGCCUCCGUUUCAAGUUAUAUUCAUUUGCAGUUAGUGGCAGUUGCCCAACAACAAAAUAUUGAAUGCACUAUCUGUCAAAAUCAGUGAUAAGUGCAACUCUGAUUUUGAGUAUGUUACCAGUUCGCGUCAUUUUUCGUUGUUUGUGUGUUAUGGUUCUCAACUAUAAUACACACACACACAAUCAAAACUCGUUGACAGAUAGUGCACUUCGCGAGAAAAAAUUUUACUCGGCUGUUUACACUACCUGGUAAUGAUGUCAUGCUUCGUUUUUAAUUUUUGAAUCGGCUCAGUCGACGAACCGUGGCCGAUUAAGAUUUUGACCAAGCCUCCGCCGCCGACAAAAAGCUUUGGCUUCGUUCACUGGUUUACAUCGACUCUGAAAGUUUUGUCAAGGGAAAUUCGGAAUGAGCAUCAGAGCUGUGUAAAGAAUUCUUUGAGAAUUCGUAUGAAAAAAUCCAUGGGAAAUUCUGAAGGAACAGUCAAAAAUGAUCAGAAAAUGGCUAAAUGAUGUUUGAUUGGAAACUCUGAACAUAUUCGUAUGUUUUGAUCCGAAAUUCCCAACGGUUGGAUCCGAAAAUCUGAACAUGAGAAUUUUGUUCGGUAUAAUAACUGUGAACUAAAAAAAAACACCCGCGGAAAUACCAACCUCUCGGAUAACUUUCGGAGCUUUGUUUAGAAAAUAAUUGGAUAGUCCUUAAAUUUGCUCGAAUAUAUAUCGACAUUUUUAUAAUGAUCUAGGAUCUUAAAAUCGGAAUAUUUUCGAAUUUCACUCGUAGAAAUAUUAACUUCUCUUCUGAUAAUUUUCGCAGGUUUGCUUAAAAUAAAUGCGAUAGUUCCUAAAUUUUCCAACAAUUCGCUCGAAUAUAUUUCGUAUUUCUAUUAUAAUAAACUAGAAAAAAUCCUAUCAGCAUAUACUGAGUGGCAUGUAUGUUCAAAAAAUUAACCCGAAAAUCUCAAAAUAUUUCUUAAAAGCAAUUUUUCUUUUAUAUUUUUAUUGUUUUAUUUAACAACUCCAUUUAUUUCAAAAAAGUGUAAAAACAUUUUCGGUGUAUAAAUCUCUUGAUGUUGUCAUAAGGUUGAGCUUUUAUUCGUCUUAUCUACAAAUUAUAAUUUAAUAAAAAUAUAUUGUAACAUAUUUUCUGUGGUUAUACCUAGUAUUUACCACAAGUAUCAACAGUUUAAUUAAUUUUCACUGCACUUCGGCACUUUUACUUUUCUAAGAAAAAAAUUGGCAAAUUUUGGCUCAAAUGCUACUUAACGACCGAAAAAAAGUAAACUAAAAACCCGUUAUACACAAACUUGACGAAAACGUACAGAGAUUCUGAAGCUCUCUCUCUCUCUCUCAGCUAAUGCUCGGAAUUAUGAAAAAAAACGACGAAGCAAGAAAUUCCCUUACGUGUAUAUCAGAAUUCACUAAAAGAAGGUUAGGUCAUUUGCGAAAACAUUAAGUGGAUAGCCCCCAUGAACAUCAUUAAGGAUGUCAAAUCUGUCGAUUGAAACUGCCAUCAAAUAGGAGAAAACAUAGACAAAGAAUGAAUGUAAAAAGAGACCAAGUUAACAUCCUCAAUGCCAAGUAGUGCCAAAAUUUAAAUUGUAUGUCGGCUAAUCGCUUGGCUUAACCUUAUUCAGUGAAUCUUGCGUGUAUAUAGAAUAUUUGCAGAAAUGAUUGAAAGAAAUCUGACCGAAAAUCGAAUAAAAUUUUUAAGAUAAAUUUUGGCAACUCGACAAGUUGUCUUGGAACGCUCGGCAAAAAUUGUUUCCUGGAAAGACACUCUUCUGAGUGUGGCUGAAUUGCAAACAACACACGACCAUUGUCCGACGACCAUUGAUUGAAAAAAAAAACACAAACACUUAAGAAGAGUAAAACGAUUGGGCAACGCUCUCACUCUAUUGUCAUUUGAAUGUGUGUGUCAUGCGAAACCAACAAUUGUUUUGGCAUAAGUGGCGAUUGAGUGGCAAAUAUUGGGUUGGGUCUUAUGCUGUUCUCUGAACUCUACCCUCUCUUUCCCCCAUACAGCCACACACACACACACGUAUAUAUAUAAAUCCAUAUAGAAUACUCUUGCUUUUAUGAAAAGAUUGUCACAUCAUUUAAGAGCAAGAAAACAGUGAAAAAGACAACACAACAGAAUUAAGAAAUACCCACUAAAGCAUAGUAGAGCUACAAACACAACAACCACCACAGAACCAAGUCUAUUCAUUUUAAACUCAUAUACAAACACACUCCCACAUUUAUAUUAAAAAGCAUUCAUGUUUAUCUUUCAUCGUACAUUAAAAAAAAAAAAAAAAAAACUUAGACCACAGCUACCAGAAAAACAAAUCCUCUCCAACUCGUAUCUCUCACACACACACAAACACAUACUUGCGUAAACGAUCUUUUUAAAGUUAUAGAGCAUGGCCAAACAUCCUCUUUACAAUGGCAAGGAGUAUGUAAGCCAAUAAUUAUUUGAUGAUUUCAAAUGCAGCAACAACAAAACAAAAAAAAUACCAUGUAUAAGAGAUAUUUGUUUUCUUUCUAUUUUUGAUGAUUAAAAACAAAAAUUAAGCAGAAUAAUAUAUGAAGAAAGAGAAUUGAUUUAAUAUAUAUAUUAAAUAACUCAUUUAUAGUUAGAUUUUUAAUUACUAUUUACAUAUAACAACAACAACAAGGACAUGCAAACAAAAAACAAACACACAACAAAAUGUCUCCAAACAAAACAAAAAAAAAACACACACACACACAUAAUAAAAUGUCUCGCCCUCUGAUAAAAAUUAAAAAAAAAGUAAUGCAAAAUGAAAAUUUUCUCUCAAA